GACAAACCAAUCAAGAUGGAGUAUUUUACUGGUGAAGUAUAAAUAUAUAUACGAAAACCGGUCUUUUGGAAGGGCGAGAUUCCGGUUUCUGGGUAGUAUUCACUGUUGGUUGGAAAUGACAAUGUGACCAACAACUACAUGGUGAGGAUUGGGGCUAAACUGGACUUGGAGACGGUAUUUGGGUAGGGGAACUCGAGCGGAGGUGAACAUGGAAGUAGCAAUGAGAUUUAUAACUGCAGAUUCAUGUGUCUUUGGUCUUGAGUUCUGUUCUGUUCUGUUCUGUUCUGUGGUUGGAUGAUUAAUAAGGUACGAAACAUGGCUACAGCCAAUAUCGAAUGUUGUGUAUCGAGGUGCAAGGCAACCAAAGAUGAUUACUAGACGAAUCCAAUAUCCUGUCUAGGAGCUGGUGUAUCUUAUAAGAUGUGGGAGUUCCGCUUCAUGACAUUCGUUCUAUCUUGUACUACAUUGGAUUAAGCAGUCUGCUUCAUCUCUGCUCUUUUAUCAUCAUCUUGUUUGUCGAUGAAGUGAAGUGAAGUUUAAUAUAAGAGCUUGGAUUCCCAGAACAUAUUUCACUUUCGCUUCAUUGCUGCGAAAUGGUAUGUGAUAAUUGUGUUGUCAUAACGAAAGGAUCUUAUAGAACUGUUUCUCUUCUUCUUCGUUUUGAGAAAAGGGGCCUGAAGGAAUAGAUCUUUGGUGCAAGCCACGUCAAGAUUUCUCUUCUUUUGUUUUCAAUUGAGAAGCCAGAUGGCCUCGAAUACUGCAAAUAUGUCCCCACCCUACCCUCCAAAAUCCGCCAUCAUAGGCCUCAUACCCACUCACCCAAUCGAUACACCCGUCACCACAAUCUUCAUGCUGCUCUUCCUCCUCUCCUCCAUCAUCCACAUGUCUCUCCUCCAAAUAAACUUCCGUCGCGGCCAGAAAUUCCUCAUGUCCGGCAUGGCAUUCGGCUUUUCCUUUUCCCGCGUCAUAACCUGCGCUCUUCGCAUCAUCUGGGCAUCCUACCCUUCCAACAUCCGUCUCGCGCUCGCAGCUCAAGUCUUCGUCGCUGCAGGCACGAUAUUAUUAUACCUCAUCAACAUCAUUUUCAUGAGUCGUUUAUUGAGGGCACAUCAUCCGUGGGCAUGGAAGCAUUCGGUCCGGACUUGUUUUCGCGUAGGGUAUCUGAGUUUAUUCGCAGGAUUGAUCGCAAAUAUAUCGGUUCUUGUAGAAAAUUUCUUUACUCUAGAUCCACACGUGUUGUGGAGCGAUCGGAUUGUAAUAUUGGUUGUCAGUACGUAUUUUGCCAUCUUCGCAUUCGCUCCCAUUCCGCUCCUGCUCUUGCGACUUCUUCUCCCUCAACACCAGGUGGAGAAAUUCGGGACCGGGAAAUUAAGAACGAAAGUUCAAUUGGUACUUGGAACAUCCGUAUUACUUACUCUCGGAGCGGCUUUCAGAGCAGGAACGGCAUAUGUACCGAGAAGCGUUGAUGAUCCGGCGUGGUAUCAUAGUAAAGCAUGCUUUUAUGUCUUUGAUUUUGGGAUUGAAAUUGUGGUGCUCUUUUUAUUUGCGGUUAUGAGGGUGGAUAGGAGGUUUAUCGUUCCGAACCGCACAAAGAUGCAGGGAGAUUUCAGGAAAGGGGGGCUGGGAGGGAUUCCCGUGAAAGGCAAAGAAGGAGCGAAAGAAGUUAGGUGGGAAUGGAUGAGGGGUUUCAAGGGGGAAUGGAGGGAGUGGAGUGUUGAAGGGGAUGAUGAGGUGUUUUCGGAGAGAAAUAUCAAGGUUGGGGAUGGAGAGGCUGAUGCAGAGACAGCGGUGGGUAGUAUCGCUAGUGGAGAGGUUACACCAGAGGCAGUGGGAAGUCGAGUGGAUGUUGAUAUCGAUGUUGAGAAAGUUAGGCAAUGAAACUGGUGAGGCAGAAUCAGGCGUUACUAGAUGAAGAUCUCAAGAUUGUGUAGUAUAUAAGGCAGCUGAAUACAAGAGGUAUAUAUCAGGGGAGAGGAAAUACUCGAGUACAAAUCGAAAGAUCUACAUAGCUUAGCUAGCAAAUCCCGCAACUCAAAUCUUCUACUUUAACUCCA